AUGAACGCAUUCGGCGAUAAUUUCGAACAGCAGUCGGAGGUGGAUCCGGCGGCCGAGUUUUUGGCCCGCGAACAGAACGCCCUCGCUGGACUGGAGGAUGAAAUUCCCCCCGUGGCCGCUGGAGCGGGGACCUCCGCCAAUGGUUCCGUCAAUGGCGAUCCCGUGCCGAAAGCAGAAUCGACAGGACUCGAAAACGAGCUAAACGGAAGCUUUGAAAUGAUCAGUAAUGCCGAUGCGCAAGAUCCGCCCACCACUACUACUGGCGAUAAUAAUCUCAACACAGAAGAUGAUAAUGAUGAUUUUGCAGGCUUCACAGUGCCGAAGCAAGUGACGGAGGAACCGGAAAAGAUACGCAAAUGGCGCGAAGAUCAGAAGGCUCGCCUGGAGGAAAAGGACCGCGAGGAGGAACGCAAAAAGGACGAACUGCGCGAACAGGCCCGCAAGGAGCUGGAGGACUGGUACAAGCAUCACGAGGAAACCAUUUCCAAGACAAAGUCAGCCAACAGGGAAUCGGCCAAAAACGCCGAAAAGCAGUUCGUGGCUGAGACGGACGAAAUCGAACCGGGCACGGAAUGGGAACGGAUCGCCAAACUGUGCGACUUCAACCCGAAGACGAACAAAUCGAACAAAGACAUCUCGCGUAUGCGUUCCAUCAUUUUGCAGCUCAAACAGAAUCCACUCCAGGCUACGAAGAAGGUUUAAGGCGCACGGGCAGAGGUACGCUUUUACACGCUUCUAGCAUUCGUUUUGGGGGGAUUAGAAAAGCAUACGCAGACAGAUCAAGGGCGAAUGGAAGUGAAGGAUGUGGGGAAUGGGACGAAUGGAUAGAAAGUUCAGGAGGUUAAAGCAAAUGAACCUUAAAGCGUUAUUGAGAUAAUAUAAAUAUUAACUAUAGUUAAUACAGUGCAACACUCGGACAUUGCACGCCGCAAUGUGCAACGAUGCAUGAUGGGUGGUAGCAAAAGGCGUAUAAAUAAUACCUGUAUAAGUUACUGGUUAAAGUUGAAGCAAAAGAAAAGAAAAGAAAGAAUUCCUCACACAUAUAAUAGCAACACGAUACAUUCAUGUGCAGAUAUGCCGUUAGCGAUAUAUAAAGGUAUAAUACAUAUUUGAAAAUAAACGAUACACGAAAGGAUGUCGUACA